ACAUCUCCCAGAAUCCAAGAAACAAAACACACCGUUCUGAUUGGUUAAACGAUUUGACACUCCUAAGUGGGAAGUAUGUGUCUCGGUUACAAAUUUAUACAGAGGAGAAAAAAAUGUAACGAAGAAGCAUUUGUUUUCAUUUGUACUCGUUAACAUUUGUAAAUACUUUAGAAGAUGUUCUCCGGUGUCUUCUACGCAUUGCUGGCAGGGUUUCUUGGAGCCGUCGCCUCCUCGUCAGCGAAACUAUCCCUCGGAUCUGACUACCUGAAAGGGGUCUGUGAAAAUGGGCUCAAAUCAUGGGCAUUACAUGAAAGACAUUUUAGGCAAGCCGACGAAACUACAGUUUGCGACUGGCUGCACAUACCACUCAGGCUGCUGUGCGGGGGAUUGCUGUUCACCUGCAAUGCUGUGAUGUGGACUUGCUUCGCUAAAGCACUCAGGUAUUCCUCCUCUUCAGCAAGAGCUACUGUGACCACUACAGCUUCCAACUUCAUAUCUUCCGCUUUCCUGGGGCACCUGAUUUUUGGAGAAGCCCAUGCCAUGCUGUGGUGGGUGGGCAUCUCUCUCACUCUCACGGGACUCCUCGUGCUGCACACUGCUGCGCCACACACUGGUGAACAGGCUGUUGAUAAGAAAGAGCAUUAAAACUCAACGGGACCCCCUGCUGGAAACCAAACAGACUCCAGUAAAACUGGAAAUAACACAUUGGAAACGUGGCCCACAUUGCAUCAUUGCACUUGUUCUCACCAGCCAUCUGAUGAAGGAUUUCUACCUGUAAUGGUUGAGUUUGUCUGCCAUGUUUUCCACCUAUAAACUCAAACACUGUGAGGCAGGUUCAGUCUUGCAUUUCUUAGAAAAAAUAUAUUUUCAUAGCGUAUGUUCAGUUCCUGUAAGAUUUUUUUUUAAGGCCAUAUUUGAUUCAUACGAAACUUAAUUUGGUUGUAUUUAACAGGUAUAAUCGGUCCAUGCCUUAAAUGAAUUGCGUUAAACCUAAACUGUGUUAUCCAAUACAGCCCAACGUUAAAAUGUAUGUCAAAACUCAUUAAAGGGGAAAAAGUGAGUUUGAUGAAUGCAGGCCACUAACGGGUUUGUGUUUUAUCAGUUUAUGUACGCUGGUUUUGGUUUGUCUAAAUCAAAUGCAUCUUUCAGAAUCACCACCCCUCCUUGAAAAUUCAACCUUUUCUUACCAAAAUAUCUAAGCGAUGAAAUCAAAUGUUUGGCUUCUAUAAAAUGGGCAGCAACUGGAUAGGUUUCAUUUUUACAUCUUAUCGUGCUACGAUGUUCAGCUAUUCUAGUUUUAAGAGUAUGUUUAGUUUUACUGACAAAAUUUACCGCAAGGGCACUGAAUCAGGUAUAUCUCUCCCUUUGUGGAGCAAGAAAAUCUACCUUUUAAUAGGACAACUUCUCAGUCUAACUUCCGUUUCUGUCUCUCCCUUUCGAUACAGUAUCUGAACUGAAGAACAGCUGCGCUGGCACUUUAUAACACAGUCAUCUUAUUCAGCAUUCGUUUUAUAACUAAAUAAAUAUUAGGCCUAUUAUGUGGUUACCUUUCCAAAUGUAUUUACUUUUUUGCUGCGAGAGGAGCUGCGGCUUUCUCCGGGAGACGAGACACUUCAGCUUUUGUAUUUUAGUCAGAUGUGUGGUAUAUGUUCCGCGGCGCACCCCACCCCCUCCCCUGUUUUAUAACGCUCUUCAGUUAUAACGCUCAUAUUGUGUGUCCCCCGAGACCCGCAUUAUAGCGAGGGAGUACUGUAUAUAUAAGUAAAAGUAGCUUUCGAGUUAAGGUGAGAGAACGCAGUAGCUAUAGAAUUCUGGGUAAUCGGGAUAUGCACAUUUCAGCAUUACAAGAGCCAAUCAAUAACUAUCUCAAAAUGACAUACAGUGGUCUCUUAAUGUUGAAACUGUUAACAACAAACACAAGGAAAACCAGACUUUCAAAGGCUGAUUCCCUGACAUCGCAGAGCCUGCAGGAUUAUUUUAUUGUUAUUCUGCCAGCGCAUCUCAAUCCUGACCUGGAACCCCAUGUAAUUCAGUACUGGGCUUCUCUCAAACAGAGACUGACAACUGAGCCAAACUGUGUCCAAUGUGUGGUGGUUUUGUGAAGUAGGCUUUUGUUCAGUGAGGACUAGAUUGAGACUUCCUUACUCGUUUCAUUUGAGACCUUAGGCUGCUGCCCCACCUAUCUUUGACAAUGUGUUCUGUAUACAGCAGGCCUGCAAGUGUAAGACUAUCAAACCUGGUACAGCUACAGUAACCUAAAGUUGAAGUUUUUAUAUUUAUGACACAGAUAACUCAAAAGUAGAUUUGUUAUGUAAUACUUCUGUAGUCUUUCUUAGAAUCUUGAGUUUAAACUUGAGGUUCUACAUUUUUUUUUUUUUUUUUUUUGUAUACAGCAAGUCCUGUUCAGCAUGAAAUGUAGCACUUUGAUUUAAUGUGUUACCAAGAUAAAUUACCUCCAGAAAUGUAUAAUUUGCCUAAACCAAAACUUAACAUGUUGAUAAAGUUCUUAAGUUAGCAUAGAUUGUGCAAUACUAGAAACAUCAGAACUUUCGUACACCAAUCAUUAGUUUCAGAUAACAUCUCCUUCAUAUUACCAACCAAAUGCAAUUUUCUAAAAUCUGAAAUAUUUCUGGGUUAUCACAAUUUUUCCUCAGCAUCGUUUUUUAAUUUUUCAGAUUUUUUUUUUAAUGGUCAUAUAAAAAUGUGUGAAUCAGUAACUUGUACAUUUAAAUGUUAAAAUAGCAAUACAUGCGCCAUUUACAGAUUUUUAAUAGCAAUAAAACCCUAUGGCUCAGGUUCUUGCCUUUUGAAUUUCCAGACUAGUAGAUCAACUACCAGACAGUAAUGCCUUCUAAUCAGAAUUCUGUUGCUUCAGAAAAUGCAGAAUGGAGCAGUGCAAUUACUUUUUUUUGGCUGGUGAGUAUUUCGAGUGAUUCGAUUACUGAAUUUAAUGCGCAAUCAGUGUGAUGAGCAAGAUCGCAUUUGUUCCACAAGAUUAGGUGUACUAUAGUACUGUCCAAAAACACUUUAGUUUUCUAUCGUAUUUAGGGUUGUAUACAUUAGGAAAUAGUAGUUUUAAAUGAGACGUCAACUACAGUUCUGUACUUCAUUUAAGAAGGCAAAUAUGUUAUCUUUGAUCAUAUCUUCUCCAAAAUAUAUUUGGCAGAUCUUUUACACAAAUUGUAUUUUUCAAUUAAAAAUGCAAGAGUAACAAAAGUAACAACUAUAGUCUAAAACUCAACAAAUCUAAAUGAUUGUAAUCCAAUUCAGUAAAAAAAAAAAAAAAAGAA